UGUCAAUUCCUCACCACUCUCAAAAUCAGUGUUCAAAAACCAAAAACGAUUCCUUUACAACCUUCUUCUCUCUCCACCAUGGCCACCACCACGGAGCAAGAGACCUCACGUGCUUCGCACAUGCUUUAUUAUAGUACUGCCACGGACGACGACGUUAGCAGUAGCGAGCUGGACCCUGACAACGAAGAACACGAACAAGACAACGACGAGGUGUCCGCCGCAAGCGGCGCCGUGUGCGGCGGUUUACGGAGUCGGGGGUGGUCGCUGGGGCGGGUUCUGGACCCGAGAGCGAGCUGGGUCCAAGAAUGGAACAGGGUGUUCCUGCUAGUGUGCGCCGCGGGGUUGUUUGUGGACCCACUCUUCUUCUACGCGCUCUCCGUUAACGAAUCCUGCAUGUGCCUCUUCGUAGACGGGUGGUUCGCCGUUACCGUAACGGUGCUCCGUUGCAUGACGGACGCUUUGCACGUGUGGAACAUGUUGCUGCGGCUCAAGAUGGCACAGCGCUCCUUUGGUUUGGGUGGGGCUGCCUCCGUCACGGCGGAUGGCUGUGGCUCCGCUGGGCUCAGAGACACGCGCCCACGCUCCGUUGCUCUUGGGUAUCUUAAGUCCAGGACGGGCUUCUUCUUCGACUUCUUUGUUAUUCUUCCUCUACCCCAGAUUGUGCUUUGGGUGGCAAUCCCCUCCAUGUUGGAGAAAGGUUCAGUUUCGUUGGUGAUGACAAUGUUCUUAAUUAUGUUUCUAUUCCAAUACCUUCCCAAAAUUUAUCACUCUGUUUGUCAUCUACGACGCACACAAAAUCUCUCUGGAUACAUUUUUGGAACCGUUUGGUGGGGUAUCGCCCUUAACAUGAUAGCGUAUUUUGUGGCUUCCCAUGCAGCAGGGGCAUGUUGGUAUUUGUUGGGGAUCCAGAGGGCAGCCAAAUGUCUCGUGGAGCAGUGUGGUAAAACAACUGGUUGUGGCAUGAAAAUGUUGUCUUGUCAAAAGCCUAUAUAUUAUGGACGCACUAGCUUAUUGGUUAGCGACAAAGCAAGAUUUGCAUGGGCAGAGAACAGGGAAGCAAGGUCUACAUGCUUAAAUGGUCCUGAGAACUACAACUAUGGGGCUUAUAAAUGGACUGUUCAACUUGUCACUAAUGAUAACCGGUUGGAAAAGAUACUUUUCCCUAUCUUUUGGGGCCUAAUGACUCUCAGCACUUUCGGGAACCUAGAGAGCACAACGGAAUGGCUAGAAGUAGUUUUCAACAUCAUUGUUUUGACCAGUGGCCUUCUUCUUGUCACUAUGUUGAUUGGAAACAUUAAGGUGUUUUUGCAUGCAACAACAUCAAAGAAACAAGCAAUGCAAUUGAAGAUGAGAAAUAUUGAAUGGUGGAUGAGGAAAAGGCGAUUGCCCCAAGGGUUUCGGCAACGUGUACGUAACUAUGAAAGACAACGUUGGGCUGCAAUGCGUGGGGUUGAUGAAUGUGAGAUUACUAGAAAUCUCCCUGAGGGGCUAAGAAGAGACAUCAAAUACCAUCUAUGUUUAGAUUUGGUGAGACAGGUGCCACUAUUUCAACAUAUGGAUGAUCUGGUUCUAGAGAACAUAUGUGACCGGGUGAAGUCUUUGAUAUUCACAAAGGGAGAAACAAUAGCAAGAGAAGGAGACCCAGUUCAAAGAAUGCUAUUUGUAGUAAGGGGUCACCUUCAAAGCAGCCAAGUCCUAAGGGAUGGGGUGAAAAGUUGUUGCAUGUUAGGUCCAGGAAACUUCAGUGGUGACGAGCUCCUUUCAUGGUGUUUAAGGAGACCCUUCAUAGAGCGCCUUCCACCAUCUUCAUCAACACUAACCACACUCGAAACCACAGAGGCAUUUGGUCUUGAAGCUGAGGACGUUAAGUAUGUGACACAACAUUUUAGGUACACAUUCGUGAAAGAAAAGGUGAAGAGAAGUGCUAGGUAUUACUCACCAGGGUGGAGAACUUGGGGUGCUGUGGCCAUUCAAUUGGCAUGGAGAAGGUACAAGCAUAGGUUGACUUUGACUUCAUUGUCCUUUAUAAGGCCUAGGAGGCCUCUGUCACGAUGCUCUUCCUUGGGAGAGGAUAGGCUUCGUCUUUACACGGCUUUGUUAACCUCACCAAAGCCUAAUCAGGAUGAUUUUGACUUUUAAUUGAGAACAAGAUAUUGAUGUAG